CCACCACCCUGCCUCGUCCGAUGGGAACGUCGCAAUUUCAGUCAUUUACACCGAUUGCUCCUUCCCACAGGUGAAGUAGAGUCCUGUGAGCUCUUUGUAUUUUUGCACAUUUUCUGUAGAUGAAUGACAUGCAGAACUGAUCUUGCUCCACGACAAAACUAAUAGUAUUUUUCUUUUCUUUUAUAUUCUGCAUGACAGCAGAAGCAAACUACAUCUAAGUAAACGCUUCUAGUUAGGACUAAAAAUACAUUUGUAUAUCGGAAUCAGUGGCAUUAGUCACUCUAAUUGCAUUACAGAUCUAGGUGUUUAGCUAGAAAUUAAAAAAGCCACAGUUACGUUUUAGCUGUCAGUUAGGUAUCGGUGAUUGUAGACGUUAUGGUAUAGUCUAAAGCUCCCAGCACUAUUGAGGGCUCCACACCCGACUACUAGACUUAUCUGUAUCAUCUCUCAGAGAGUUCCCGAGCAACUGAAAUAUACUCUGUAGGAUGUACAGGUUUUCAUUUUAAUAAUAACAACUUUAAAUUAUUUCCUAAAUUUUUGGAAUAAGCCAUAAGCCUUUAGGCAAAUGGAUAUUUUUAAAUCACCUGUAGUAAAGUGCAGACAACAUAGUUUUAGCAGUGCAUUAUAACAGAAAUUUCACUGUGAGAAUGAAAUGUGUUGUAGUUGUCACAGUCCCCUGGUAACCAUAUGGGUGUUACAGGGAAAUGCAGAAGCCACACCUCUGUUGUCACCUAAAGUAAAAACAUUUAGACAAAGUUUUCUUGACCCCUUCCUAUACCUUUACAGCACAAAGAGGGAAUAUCCUUUUGAAUAUUUUUUGAAUGAAUAAAAAUGUCUGAAUGUGUAUUUAAGCAGACAUUUUUUUCUUGUAUGUGAAAAAGAUACUGAUAGCGCUGACUGAAGUGAAACAAACCCUGGUCCUGCAUAUACUUUGGAGCACAACCUUACUAUGGCACAAGGUCCCAAUUUGAAUGAAUAGGGUUUGUGAGGCACAGGAGAGCAAGGGAUUUGUAGGUCUGAAUUAUUCUUUGCUGUAAGGCAGCUAGAAAUAGUUAGACCUUAUUUUAUGCAUUGUUUAAUUGGGCAUUAACUCCGAGUUCUUUCUGGUGGCUUAAAGCUUAAUUUUGCACAGCCCAUGCUCUGUUGGUCUGUGAUACUGCAGGUAAAUUCAUUGGUUCUCUUGUCAUAAUUUUAACUAUGGAGUAAAAUAUAAUUAACAAAGAAGACCUUAAAUUAGAAAUACUAGUCAUCUCGUGGCCUGGCCUGCAGCUGGUUCCUGCUGCUGACUCUGCACUGCUGGGCCUUCGCGGGGGUUGUGGGUAGGAAGGGAGGAGUUGGGGAUAGAGCCCAGAGCGUGUCCUCAGACAUGUCAGGUAUUUGAGCACCUAAGGAUGGUUUCUGCUGACAUGGGGAAGAAAAACGAGAGAUGUGCAUGGACAAGGAUCCUCUGGAGCUGGUGGGAUUUGCUUGUGCAGCCUCAGGUUCCACAGGUGCUGUUACAGCAUGUGCUGCCUGUGGUUGUGUCUCAGUGAAGACAAACUAAAUGCAUUUCUUCUCUACAGGCAGGUUCAAUGCAGGCAUACCUACAUCAGUGCUUAGUUUGCUGUAAAUGUCAUGCAAAGUGUCAUGUAUCUUAUGCUCUCUCAUAACACAACUGGCUGUUUUAUUAACUGUUGUUUGAAAUAACCCCAGGUAACCUGUAAGUACAUUGUCUUUCCUAGUCAGGUCUUUACUCCCAUUCAAGACCCAUGGUUGCUAUUCUAGAACCGCAAGGUGAGAAUUUGUAGUAUCACUGAAAAAUCAUUACUGAGUGUUUUGUUUGGGAAAAACACGUGAAGUCAUAAAUACAUCAAAAUUGAAUUGAAAGUUACUGAUCCUGAACCCACUGACCAUAAGUCAUGCUGAUGCCGAGGGAGAGUGUGAUCCACAGCUUAGUUAGACUAUAUUGGCUAAUUAGAAAAAAACGCAAGUUUAACUAGGCAGCAACUGCUGUUCCAAGUGGCAUAUACCUUCUCAGGGAUACUCACCUGUUCUGUGAAUAUCGGGCUGUGAAAAAGUAGAAGGAAGAUGAGUCUGCCCACGCUUAGUGCUGGCUCUGUGGUCAGAUCUUUUACAUUUGAGGGGAAGCUAAGUAAGGGAAAGGAGGAUGUGAAUUCCCUGGUUUGCUGUUCCGGUGCGCAAGGUGAGCCCUGGCCCUAAUGCAGCUGCUCUCUGUUCUUUUCCUCCAGGUGUCCAAGUGCUCCGAAGAGAUCAAAAACUACAUUGAGGAGAGGUCGGGUGAGGACCCGCUGGUGAAGGGGAUUCCCGAAGAAAAGAACCCCUUCAAGGAGAAGGGAGGCUGUGUCAUCGCUUAGGAAGACGAGUCCAGCGCCUGCCACCGGAGCAGACACUCUUCUUGUACCUGUAGGGAGUCACUAGCGAGUCCCCAUUGCCGCCGGUCCUUGUUGAACGAGCACAGGAGCGGAUCUCUGGAUUUCUUUCUUUCUUUCUUCCUUUUUUUUUUUUCUCUUUUUCUUACGAAAA